AAGAUUGUGUCGCUUAAUGCAACGGAUCCCAACUGAUGGAGACGUUUCCCGUGUUGCUGUGCGGUUGUUCGAUUCCUCCUGAUUACAUGCAGCAGGAGUUCAAACGUAACGUUAGCUAACGUGAAUCAUCUCGGAGCGUUGCGUCGCCUCAGAACCCGAGGACAAGAGACGUUGUCAUGGAUGAAUUGCGACAACAAUGGAAGUGAUGGAGUUUGAAGAGUUGCUGUUCUUUUCUGGAUCAUUGCAAACUACCCUGUGUUCUGCGGGAUACCAAAUAUAUAGGCGGAAGAGUUGUUUGGGAUCAGAACUUUCACUUUUGAGGAACACGUCGGUCAUUCACAGAUGCUGCUUCAUCAAAGUUGAUGUCUGACCAUGGAUCAUGAAGAGGUGAGGACAGAGCUGGACCAGAUUUCUAUGCGGCUUCAGGAGGAUGGCUUGCCUCCAGGGGCCAGUACGGAGCAGCAGCAGCGCCACCUGUGGCGGCAGCUGCUUGCUCGGGAGGCAACGCUUCAGUCAGCCACUCAAGAGCUGCAGACCCUACGUACCCAGCAAGCCAAUGAAAUGAAGGAGGUCGAAAAUUAUGUUGCACAUAUUCGAGGGCUGCUGGAAGAGCGAGAGUGUCGGACUUCAGACUAUGAGAGAGACAAUGAACACUUGCGACAAGAGCUUCACCAGAUCGGACAACAUCAAGAGAGUCAGAGCAAGGAGCUGGCGGAGAUGUUGGCUCAGGAGGACCUCGGGGAGAUGGGCUUGAGCAGCCCGAGUGAGCAGGUGGCUUACUUGCUGGUGGAGAGGGCCACACUUCUGGAGAGGCUAGAGGCUGCUGAGAGGAGACUGGAAAGUCAGAGCCUCACUGUCAACUUUAGGGAAGUCCACCACCAGGAGCGUAUCCGUCACACGAUGGGGGAAGAGCUAAGGCAGCAGAGGGAGGAUAUGCAGAACACCAUGGAUAACCUGAAGAAGUGUUCAUCCCAGAGUCCAUGGAAGAAGCUCUUUGGACUACGCAGGUCUGGUCAGAGCAAACACAAUAUCACCCCUGCCCUCGGUGUGCAGAUUUCCCAGGAGCGAAUUGAGCGCCAGCAGCUUGAGCGGGACCUCGAAGAAGCAUCUAGGAGGCUGGCAAUGGCUCAUCAGGAUAUUCGCAGACUUACCAACGAGCUGGAUGCUGCCAAAAAUGACAACCUAGACCAAAGUGGAUCUGAGCUUCAAGAAACGGUCCAAGAAGUAGAGAACCUAAGGAAGGAAGUGGACAAACUGAAACACUGUGAUAUGAUAAAGCUGCAGCGAGCCAAAGAGCAAAAUGCAACACUAGACGUUGAGAACACAGCUCUGAGGGAGAGAGUCUGCACUUUGGAGUCCGAAAAGAAAAAUAUCCUGGCCCAGUUGGCAAUAAAUGACGCAGCCCAAGAUGUUGUGACCAAAAAGGAUCAAAAGGACAAAGGCAUUAGCAGCGAACAUCAAAACAAUCUGUCAGGCUCUUCAAUCCAAGACAAGGAUUACAAUCACAAACGGUGUCAUGAGGCGGCAGAAGAUCGGCUUAUACAGAUGAGGGAGCUGCAACGGCAACUCCAGAGGCUACGCAAGGAACACGAAGAGCUGGAGGAGAGGAAUGAGGAGCUGGAGGCUGUGCUAGGGGAGGCCCAGAACGCCAGCAAGUCGGAGAGGCAUCGCCACGAUGGAGAACUAGAGGGACUACACAGGAGGAUCAGAGGCCUGGAGGCAGAGUUGAAGAAGCAGGAGGUCCAUGAAAAAAUGUUGAAGAGUGGGGAGGAGGUCAAAACUACUGAGUCCUACUUGCAAUUGCCCCUAAGGGACAGCAGCCAGGAGAGACUGGCUCUUCUCGAGGCUCGUCUGACUGAGGAGAAAGACUGGAGGAAACAGCUGGAGGUAGACCUCAAUGCUGCCCAGGCCGCCCUCAAAAAAGACAAGGAGGCUUUGAAGAUAGGUGAGCGAGAGCUGAAGAAGCUGAGACUUGAGGUCAACAGCCUUCAGACAGAAUGCCAACAAGGGAAAACACUCAUCAAGAGCCUAACCCAAGUCAAGGGGGAAAAAGUAGUUCUGGAGGAAAAGGUGGCCCAGAUGGAGCGUGCCCGCAGCCGGCUCGAGAACGAGUUGGAACGCUACAAGGACAGUAGCCGAACCCAGCUGAAUAAGAGUGAGAACCAGCUUCAGGUGGACCAGCUGCAGGAGCAGGCUGACCGACUAACUGCUGAGCUCAGCAGCCUCCAGACAACACACAAUGCCUCGAGGGAUGAAGUGGUUUCUGAGCGGCUGCAGACUGCCGAUCUCCAGGCCAAGCUGAGCUCUAGUGUCCAGGAGAAGCUGACCGCUGAGGGGCAAAGAGAGAGACUGGAGCUUGAGAUGCAGCGCCUCAAAGAGCAGCUCAAGUGGCAUCAAGAGCAACUCUCCUUAACAAAGGAAGCAGUUACGAGCAGCCAGACGCCUGAUCAGCAAGUGUGCUGUUCAGCAGCUCAUAUAGAAUCUAGGCUUAGUCCAGUGGAGAGGAUAAUGGGGGAGUGUCAGGAGCUGAAUGAUCUGCAGACCAAGCUGGGGCACGAGCGGCAGCUGGCCUCUCAGCACCAACUGUCCCUGCAAGCUCAGGUCAAGGAAGCCCAGGCUCGCAUCAUGUCCCAGUACUCGGUGAUGAUCCAGAAGGCAGAGGAGGCUAAACAGAUGAAGCAGGACCUGCAGAGGGCCCAGAGCCUGUUCACCUCAGCAGAGCGAGAGCUGCGCUACGAGAAGGAGAAAAACAUGGACCUGAAGAGACAUAACACCCUGCUGGACCAGGAAAAACUCAAACUUUGUGCAGAGCUGAAGCAGGUCCAGACCAAGCUAGUCCAGGUGGAGCAGAGCGUCCACACUCAGGCUGCUGAGUGUGAGCGUCAGCAGCAGAAGAUCAAGGAACUGGAGUUGGAACUGGCACGCAACUCUACAAACCGCAGCACCACUACCAGUCUGCAGGAGGACCUGCAGGCCGAGAGGGUGCGGCUCAUUGCUGUUGACAAGAAGGUGUUGGAUCUGCAGCUGCAGCUUAAGAGUGCCCACCACCAGCUGCGCGUGGAGGAAGCCCGGGCCGGAGAAAGCAGCCGCCUGGAGAGGGACAGCAGGGAUCUGUCUGACUCCUUGUCGGCUCUGAGAGCCCAGCAGCAGGAGGAGCACAUCACCAGGAAGCUGUUAGAGCAGCGUGAGGAGGAGCUGCAGCAGCAAGUGCGCUCCCUGAGGCUGAAAGAGGCCUCCAUGUCGAGGACUAAUGCAGAACUCAGCCACCGUGCCCAGCAGCUGGACACCCGUCUGGCCAUCCUGGAGGCUGAGCUUAGCAAGGCCAGAGAGGAGGCAAGAGACAGCCAAAAGUCAAACCACAGACUGCAGGAGGACUUGAUGGCCAGUCAGCUGGAGUGUGACAGACAGCAGGGGGAGCUGCAGCAAGUUCUCCUCCAACUGGACACACACAUCAGAAAGUACAAUGAGAAGAAGAGUCAGCACAAGAUCAAGCUGCGUUAUGCCAAGCAGGUGUAUCUCAAGGAGACUGCCCAGAGGGAUCGCACCAUCCAGAAGCAGGAGAACGACCUGGCGAUGGCCUUCAGCCUCUCACACAAGGAGAAGGACAGGAUCCAUACAGUGACGGAGGAAAAUGAGAAGCUUUUGGAGGAGAAAAGGGAACUGUUGCGGAAGAUGAGCGAGGCAGAGGAAAUGGGCAGCAAAGGCAUGAGGACCGCCUCCACUGUCCAGCACAGGGUCAACGUCUUAGAAAUGGAAAAUAGACAACUUCAGGAUCGAACCCUGAAGCUCUCCAACCAAGUCAGUUCCUUAGAGCGUGCCCUGAGGAACGUCCAAUCAUUCUACAGCCUGGAGACUGCCAAGAAAGUGCUCCCCUCUGAAAGGCUCUGUGAUGGCUUCCUGCAUACAUCCACGCUGAGUCUGACGCCAGGUUCGUGUGACCCCCUCGACAUCCUCGAUGCGAUCUGCCGCGGGAAGGUGUCCGAGCGAGCGGUGGUGGACGGCACUCAAGCGUCUGUCUCCACACACCAAGCAUCAGAGCAGGGCUACCUGAAUCUCACCUCACCAUUAGUUCUUCCAGACACCACAGGCAAAAAGUGAUCAGAUAUGAGCGCUGGUGGGUUUUGGCCACAUUCUUGCCCGCGUUUUCAACAGCGAGCUACCAGCGAGGAUAUGUGCUCGAAGUCAAUGUCUUGUGUUGUACUGAAGCAUCCGCCACUUCCACCGGAGACAAAAGAAGAAAUAUCUUCAAUAAUAAAGAAUCCUUGUUAUAAGGCAGUAACAAGGAAAUUGGAGCUUGCACUGCAGUUCUGCUCAGGGUGAUAUCUCUUUUGUAUUCCAAGGCUGAUUGUUGUUCGGCUUGCCAGCACUGUUUUUUUUUUAUCCAGAUUCAGAAUUAACAUUUGGUGGACAUCGUUUUAAAAAAAAAAAAAAAGUUUUUUAAAAAGUGUCAAUUCUUAUGCUGUAUGUAAAAGAAAACCGAAAGUAAUGGGAGAUUUGAUUUGGAAGCUAAACACGCGGCUCAUCCUUGUAUGUAUGCACCUGUGUGCAUCGGCCUGGGAGGUUGGUCAGUUGUUUGCAUCAGCAAACCAAAGCAAAUCAGAAUGCUAGAAAGGGAAAGAUUGUCAUAUUUUAAUAAUUUAAUGGUACAAGAUUUGAGUGAGACUCGUUUAAACUGAGCACUUUAUUAGAUGUUUUACUUGUGUUUACAUUUUGGUAAAUUGUAGCAGUGGAAUGUAACAGUAUGUCAAUAGUACAUAUUGUUUUCAGUUACAUUUUUAGCCUGGCAGUGUUUUCAAUGAAAAAAUGCCAAUUAUGUUUGUCAAAGAAAUCUUCACACAUUUUGACUUGAGUAUAUAACGUUGAUAUUGUGGACCCACUUGCCUAUUGCAUGUGAUGUGUGUAGCCACUCCAGUAUUUACAAAUGUACUUCGCUUGUAGUUUAAAAACAGCCAAAAUAUCAGAAAAGGCCUCAAAAUUCCAGGAGUUCUUUUUUAUUUUUGUCUAUUUACAAAUUCACAAGCGCUUUAACAAUAAAAGUUUUAAUAAUUUGUCAACCUCAAUAGUUUCCUCCAGGGACGCUCAUUCAGAAAGUACCUGUACACAUUUACGAAGAGAUGUGUGCGACAUGGGAAUUAAAUACACACGAAAUAUUACUGAUUUGUGUAAAUAAUAGUAUUGUACAGUGUGGAAAGCAUUUUAUAUUUUGUCUACAAUGUGCCUGAAACAAUGAAGUGUUUCACUUUAUCCGUCUGCUGCGUGAACACGUCAAAUAUCAAACGCCUGUUUGCAACAGACAAGUAAACCGAGAUCGAACAGACAAGAAACUUUGACUUGUGUUGA